CUUUUGAACUUCGGCGGGUAGAGGUUGCGUUGUUUUGUAUAAGUCUUGUUUUUGUAUUAAACAUUUUGAACAAAUAUUAGUUAUCAAAAUAUUUUUUGCAAUAAAGAUUAAUAAAAUUAUUGUAAAGAAAUCCAAAAGUAGAACGUCAAUACUAAAAACCGGUCAGCUAACAAACGACAUUACUGCGUUAUUUUAUAUACAACACAGAUAAUAAUAAUAGCACAGGUCAAAACAAAACAGAGUUAAGAAAUUUUUGUAAAUCAAGGUUGCAUUCCGUGCACAUACCAUAUCGUAACUAUAAAUAAUAACGUCACACGACAAUAAUAUAAACAACAACAAAUAGAGUAACACAAAUUCACAACGAUGUCAGCAAGAACUCAUCCACAAAUGGCGCCGCCACCACCUCCAAAACCAAACAAAUCGUCCGCGUCGUCAUCAUAUGCAAAUGGCAACGGUACCUUGGCGAAUGGUAGUACCAACAGAGGUAGCGUUUCUUCGCUUACAGAAACUACAUAUCCAAAUCAGAACGUAAAUGGCCGUAGUCCUUGUUACACGCCACCGCGCACUGACAGAGAACAGGUAGUAAUGACACCAAAAGGAAAAACAGCCAAUAGCACAGUUAUAUUGAUCGAACGUAAACUGGUGGAUGAGAUAAAUGAUCGUGUACAUGUAGCAGGAGGAGAUCACACAGGUAUCAUAAUCAAUAAAGAUACUGUUAGUGGUCAGAAGAGUCAAAAUGUACCUGCACAAUUAUCUUUGGAAUUCCGAGUAUUUCUUGUCAGCGCAAAUACAGGCAAACAUUCACAAGAGUCGCGUACGUUGAGAUUUUGGUUUCGUGAUUGGUUGACAAAUGAUGAAAGUCAAGCACAUAUAGCACAAGACUUCUUUAAAGAGUUAGUGAGUCCAAAAGAUUUUCCCAGAGAUUAUGUUGGUUUUAUUAAAAAAAUCAUGAAAUUAUUACAAAAAGGUUAUGAUGAGAUACAAUCACUGGAGAUUGAGUUGCGCAUUUUGGAAGAGACUUCAGCACCGCCGUCACGACCACCAAGAGAUGGUUACAUUAUAUAUUGCUACGGUGAUUGCAACCGAAAAUUUGAAGAAGCACUUUUAGCCCAGCAGAAAACAGUUUCUCUGGAAGAAUCACAAUUUGAAUCUCCACCACUAACACCAGAAAAAGUGCUUGAGCUUAUUGAACAAGCGUAUCCAAAUCCAAUAACUCCAGAAGAUUUGGCAAAAGAUUAUGGCUGGGAGGAACAAGACGUCAUAUUAGUAUUCCUAUCCUUAAAGGAAAGAGGACUUAUUAAGUCAAUGGAAUAUAAUUCAUACACAAGGAUACAUCACGAAGAUAAAGAAAUUAAGGUUGUUAAGCAAAUGCCCACAAUUGCAUCGAAUAAACAGCCAACAAUUGCGAUAAUCACUGCUCAGUAUUGUGAGAAACUUGCAGUGGAUGCCAUGUUAGAAAACAAGGAAACAUUUGUGCGCUAUACAACAGUUGAUUCAGAUACCUUAACGAAUUCAUUAAGAACUAAAAAGAAAAGAAGAUUUGGUGAAUCGAACGUUUAUACCUUGGGCAAUAUUGGCGCGCAUCGCAUUGUCAGCACAAAACUACCAUCGGUGGGCAGCACACGAGAGGCUAUGACAGCUACUGGUAAUACAACCACUAGAUUGUUGGGUACUUUCCAAAAAGUGGAUUAUGUGUUUAUAGUAGGAGUUGCUGGUGGUGUACCACAUUACACGGAUUAUAAGAAGCAUGUCCGUCUAGGAGAUGUUGUAAUCUCAUAUGUGGAUAAACAACGAGCUUUGAUGAAUACCAAAGAAAAACCAUAUGUAUAUGUCUAUAAAACUGGUGAGGAUGUUAAAACUUAUUUCCCAAUUAAUGACUCAUUACAACAUAUUGCUGAGAGUCUGCAAGCCAAUAUGGAGUCCCGUCGUCCAUGGGAUACUUAUCUCAAAGAUGGACUUAAUGUUUUAAUGCAAAAAACAGAAAGUGAUUUUAAUCGUCCAGCCGCUAACACAGAUAAACUCUUCAUGAAUAUUGGCAAUAAUGAAGUUAUAGAAGUUGCACAUCCAAUAGCUGCGGAUUCAGUUGAUGGCUUACCAAAAACACGUCUACAUUUAGGUCCAAUUGGUUCUGGUCGUGACCUUGUACGCAGUGAUAAUUUACGUAUGGAAUUUGCUAAGAAAUACGGCCUUUUGGCAACCGACGUGGAAAUGAGCUCUGUACUUGACAGCAUUAUUGGCAAUUGCAGAGAAAGUUUUAUUUUAGUCAAAGGCAUAUCCGAUUACAAAGAUGGCAUGUCUACACGUAAAUGGCAGAAUUUCUCUUCACUGGCUGCGGCUUCAGUUGUCAAAUCGAUUAUUUGUGGCAUGGAUGCGCCUACAAACGUUUAGAUUACUUUUAUUUUUAUACAAAACAGAAAUUAAUAUUUAUACGCAUUUAGUAUACAUAUUUUUAAUAAAUAAAUAAGUUUUUUUUAUAAUUAUGAAU